AACAUGAACCGUGAAGACCGGAAUGUGCUGCGUAUGAAAGAAAGGGAAAGGCGAAAUCAAGAAAUUCAGCAGGGUGACGAAGCCUUCCCACCCAACUCUCCUCUCUUUGCUGAACCGUACAAAGUGACCAGCAAAGAAGACAAGCUGUCCAGCCGCAUCCAGAGCAUGCUGGGGAACUAUGAUGAGAUGACGGAUCUCAUCGGGGACCGGCCGCUCCAGAAGAUCGUCGCCAUUCCCAAGCCCUCGGUUCCGGUUGCCGCCGCUCCCGAUGACAACCCCCCGCCCGGCUUCUUCGGGGAGCAGCGGCACGGCGCGGGCUCCCACCAGAGCAGCAAAUGGACCCCGGUGGGGCCGGCCCCCAGCACCUCAGCCCAGUCCCAGAAACGCUCGGCGGGGCUGGGGGGCCCCGUGUCCUCGCUGGGCUCGGGCCACUCCCGAGCCCACGGCAGCGAGCACCACGGCAAGGAGCACCAGCGCUCCAAGUCGCCCCGGGACCCCGAGCCCAGCUGGGACUCGCCCUCGCGCGUGCCCUCCUUCGCCAGCGGGCAGCACUCCAACCAGUCCUUCCCCCCCUCGCUCAUGUCCAAGUCCAGCUCCAUGUUGCAGAAACCCACUGCCUACGUCAGGCCGAUGGAUGGGCAGGAAUCCAUGGAACCAAAGCUAUCCUCGGAACACUACAGCAGCCAGAGCCACAGCGGCGGCGUCAACGAGCUGAAACCCAGCAGCAAGGCGCACCUGACCAAGCUGAAAAUUCCUUCUCAGCCACUGGAUGCAUCAGCCUCUGGUGAGGUGAGCUGUGUGGAUGAAAUCCUCAAAGAGAUGACCCACUCCUGGCCUCCUCCACUGACUGCCAUCCACACCCCCUGCAAAACUGAACCCUCCAAAUUCCCCUUUCCAACAAAGGAGUCUCAGCAGUCCAGUUUUGGCACUGGAGAACAGAAACGAUACAAUCCCUCAUCCAAAACAUCCAAUGGGCAUCAAUCCAAAUCAUGUGAAUCGAACCAGACAGAUAUGUUGAAAGAUGACUUAAAACUUAGCAGUAGUGAAGACAGCGAUGGAGAGCAGGACUGCGAUAAGACAGUGCCAAGGAGCACACCUGGAAGUAAUUCUGAGCCUUCCCAGCACAACAGUGAAGGAGCAGAUAACUCCAGGGAUGACUCGAGCAGCCACAGCGGCUCCGAGAGCAGCUCGGGCUCCGACUCGGAGAGCGAGAGCAGCUCCAGUGACAGCGAGGCCAACGAGCCAUCCCAGAGUGCAUCCCCCGAGCCAGAGCCACCACCCACAAACAAGUGGCAGCUGGAUAACUGGUUAAAUAAAGUGAAUUCCCAUAAAGUGUCACCAGCUUCUUCCGUGGACAGCAAUAUCCCUUCUUCCCAAGGCUACAAGAAAGAGGGACGGGAUCAGGGUACAGGGAGUGGGUACACUGACCAAGGUGGAUCCAAGGACUCCAUUUCUUCUACACCAGGGAGAGAUUCCAAACCCACCCAGAAGGGCUCAGAGAGCAGUCGUGGGAGGCAGAAAUCACCUGCCCAGAGCGACAGCUCGACUCAGAGGAGGACUGUAGGGAAAAAACAGCCCAAGAAAGCAGAAAAGACAUCUGUGGAAGAGCCCAGAGGAGGUCUUAAAAUAGAAAGUGAAACCCCAGUAGACAUGGCAACAAAUAUCCCUUCAAACAGGCACAAGGCAGCCACCAAAGGCUCCAGGAAACCCAAUAUAAAGAAGGAGCCCAAGUCUUCCCCUCGACCUACAACAGAGAAAAAGAAAUACAAGGCUUCAAGCAAAUCUGCCCAGAAAUCCAGGGAAUUCAUCGAAACAGAUACCUCAUCCUCUGAUUCAGAUGAAAAUGAGAGUCUGCCUCCUUCCUCCCAAACACCCAAAUACUCUGAGAGCAAUAGGACUCCUGUUAAAUCUUCCAUGGAGGAGGAUGACAGCUUUUUUCGGCAAAGAAUGUUCUCUCCUAUGGAAGAGAAAGAGCUUCUGUCCCCACUGAGUGAUCCUGAUGAAAGGUACCCACUCAUUGUGAAGAUCGACCUGAGCCUCCUAUCCAGGAUACCAGGGAAGCCUUACAAGGAGGCAGAUGCUGCCAAGGCAGAGAAGAAGAGCGCUCCGGAGAAACACGGGCGGGAAUCCCAGAAACAGCCCUCGGACAAGAGCUCCACCAAAGGCAAGAGGAAACACAAACAGAACGAGGAUGAAAACAGAGCCAGUGAAAGCAAGAAAACGAAACUGGAAGAAAAAGCUCCCUCAGGACACAAGAAUUCCAGCAGCAGGGAGUCUUCUAAGCCAAGUGCUGUUAAAGAGAAGGAUUUGCUGCCCUCCCCUGCUGCCCCAGCCCUGCAGAAGGAUUCCAAGCAGGAACAUGGCUCCAGGAAGAGAACAGUCAGUCAGUCCUCAUCCCUAAAAUCCAACAGCAACCCAGGCAAGGAGAGCAGCAGUGGCAGCAAGAGCAGCUCCUCUUCCAAGCAGAAGAAGACAGAGGGGAAGGGGUCCAGCAGUGCCAAGGAAGCCAAGGAAAAGAUCCUGAACAAUUCCUCCAGCUGCCCUCCUGCCUCUGCUCAGGCCACAGAAAGUGCGAAGUCGAGGAGAGCAAAGCUUGUUUUUGAUGAUAGGACUUACUCAGCUGAUCAUUAUUUGCAGGAAGCAAAGAAGCUCAAGCAUAAUGCAGACGCUUUGUCGGACAGGUUCGAGAAGGCCGUGUACUACCUGGAUGCUGUCGUGUCCUUCAUUGAGUGUGGGAAUGCAUUGGAGAAAAAUGCUCAGGAAUCCAAGUCCCCGUUCCCUAUGUAUUCAGAAACUGUGGAAUUAAUCAAAUACACUAUGAAACUGAAGAAUUACUUGGCCCCAGAUGCGACGGCUGCGGACAAAAGGCUGGCAGUGCUUUGCCUUCGGUGCCAAGCUCUGCUCUACCUGAGGCUUUUCAAACUGAAAAAGGAAAGUGCAUUGAAAUACUCAAAAACUCUGACUGAACAUCUGAAGAACUGCUACAAUAAUUCUCAAGCACCGUCCCCUGGUAUGGGAAGCAAACCUGUUGGGAUGCCAUCUCCAGUGUCUCCAAAGCUGUCUCCAGGGAAUUCAGGAAAUUACUCUUCCGGGGCAGCCAACCCUUCAGGGAGCGGGUCCUCGGUGACGAUCCCGCAGCGCAUCCAUCAGAUGGCUGCCAGCUACGUCCAGGUCACCUCCAACUUCCUCUAUGCCACUGAAAUCUGGGAACAAGCAGAACAGCUCUCGAGAGAACAGAAAGAGUUCUUUGCUGAACUGGACAAGGUGAUGGGGCCCCUGGUGUUCAACACGAGCAUCAUGACGGAGCUGGUGCGUUACACCCGCCAGGGGCUGCACUGGCUGCGCCUGGACGCCAAGUGAGGAGAGCCCAGCCCAGCCCAUUCUCCAGCUGCCUCUGAUCCUCUCCACAACACUGUGUCAUGUCAAUAAGGAAGACUGCCAUAACACAUUGCUUAGUUGACACUAAGAGCAAGGAAUGCUUUCCCAUGUCUCCCAUCCUCAUUUGUGUUUUGUGUUUAACCCCCCCAAAUCAGCUGGUUCAUGGACUUCUCCAGUGUUCCCGGUUUAAGUUAUUUAAAUAUUUGAAAAUUUGCUACAUAAAAGUUGUAGUUUUGCUGAUCUGUCAUGGAUAGAUCAUUGGAAUUCCAGUCACAAUACAUGAAUAGUCAGUCUAAAUCCUAUUUAUUUUAAUUUUUUUAAUUUUAAUUUUGAAAAGCCUCUUUUGGGGCUGGUUUUAGCUAUUUCUUCUUCCCUAAUUUUCCCCUUUUGAGUACUUAGAAAUUAAACCUAGACACUUUAUUUAAGUACUUUGUGAGCUUUGUUACUCUGUAAUGUCUUGUGGUGGUAGAGCCUGUAAAAGGAACUAGGGUUGAUAGGUUCUAAUGAGUAGGGACACCAUACUUCUCAUGCCUAAUGCCUAUGAGUCGACUAAUAAAUGACAACUACAGAUUUAUUAUUGCAGAAUUUGUACUAAAUAGAAAAGUUCCAGAUAUUCUUCUACGUAUUGAGAUACUUCAUUUAAAUGAAUUAUAAAGAAAUUUAUAUGGAAAAAUAUUUAGCUGGAUCUGCCUUGGAUUAUUUCCAAGGCAGCUUCAAGCCAUGGAUUAACACUAUAACAAUCACAAAACAUUACAGUAAUUUGCAUUUAAUGUAACGUCCAGGCAAUGGUGUAGGAAUGACCUUCAGUCCGAUGGGUGCGAUGCAAACGGGAAAGGCUUUGGAAAAGGACAAUCUCCUGCUUUUUUGCAUCUCUUCAUUUCAAAUCCCUUUUGUUUCUGUGCUUGUCACUUUUUGACAGUUACAAAAUUGGGGAACUUGGUGGUUCCAAACCCAAGAGUAGCUCAAUUCCUACCAGAACCGUCAUUUGCAUCUUUUCCAUUGACUGAGAAACCAGGAAUCUUGAGUAGAACUCUAGGUCCAUUUUGUCCUCUUAGGGUCUGCUGGGUGAUGGACACUACAGGCUGGGUGGGAGCAGAGCUGCUCCUGCAGGAGCUCUGUUCUGUGCAGCAUGGAUGGCAAACUUGGCUUUACCCCGUGCUAAUGAAGGUCCUGUUCGUGUCACGUAACGUCCGCUCCCGAGGGGGCUGCUGGUGCCACAGAGGCUUGCUGGAGCUGCAGGUGGCCCUCUCUGAGUGCAAACCAAAGUACCUUUCCAUGUGAGGUGCUUGUCUGAGUUAAAGGUUUCAAAUGCUACUGCUUUCAGUAUUGCUUAGUGCCCCCAACAUGUCUGGUGUGCCUUAUGCCUUACUUUUAGAUGAAGAUUUUAUGAACUGUUUACAAGAUGUUUUACAGCAGGACCAGGUAUACUGUAUGCAGUGGUCUUCUGCAGUACUUGGGUAAAAUUCCAUUUCCUUUUUCAAAGUCCCGGUGUCUGUCACACAAACUGACUCAUCGUGGUGGUCUCCUUCCCCAGAGUCCAACUCUGAAUCCUUUGGAGUGAGAUUGUGGAAUGCUGCUUUGUUUUCUCUCCCAUUGAACUCUUUAUUCUGUACCAGAUAUGAACGUGCAUGUUCAGGAAAAUUAUUGCACUAAAUUUUUUGUGUAGGUGUAGUUAAGUGCCAAAAUCACGGCAACCUCGAGAGAAGGAAUAGAAUUCUACGCUCCUUAGUACUGCAGUAUGUCCUAUGGGCUUUAAGAGUUUAGAAGUUUUGCAAAUUAGUAACCUACUACAAGGUAGCUGCAUCUUCGUAGAGCUUCCUUUGCGUCCCAGCGUGUUUUGUACUUCCAGAAAAGCUUUGCUACGUCCGGAUUGACAAACGGGGAACAGACCUGGGGCUCUCCCUGACUCCACUCCCCAGGUCUGUCGGAGCAUCCUUUUUAUGGAAUCACUGUGCAAGGUCACCUUUCUGUUAGUCUUUGCUGUUGGAGACAGAACUCUGUACCCUCAAACUCCCCACUGUGGGCAUGGGACACUGUCAGCUGUGUUUCCUUUCCUCCUCUGAAGUGCCUCGCACACCUCUGACGCUGAGAAAUCCCUUGGUAGAAGUUGCAUUCGUGGGUGGGUUUGUGUGUAGUGCUGCACUAGCCAGCGUGGCUGUUCUUGGCUUGCUCCUUUGUGCACAGUCACCAUUGCUGUCAGCAGGAAUGGUGGCAUCUCGGGGAAUUUUUUUUCCUUAACUAGAGUCCCACAAAUACCUUUUGGUGUCACGCGAAAUCGGCCCCGUGAAAACGCAUCGCUUUUCCCUAGAGCAGUGGAUCUUAGAAAUUGGCUUCAAACAACCAGAAGGAUUUUUUUGCAUCGUGUCAAAAUGUGGACCUGAGCUGGUUGGAAGUGUCCCAGCUGAAGGGUGAGCUCCAUGGUGGCAAAUCCUCUGGAGUGCUGUCCCAGGUGUUGUGUCCGUGCAGGGGGGGCUUGGGGAUGGGUAGGAAAUGCCUUGUGCAGCUGGGGCUGGUGCAAACAGAUCAGCUCAAACCUCACAAUUCCAAAAGCAUAUCUUUAUUUGGGAUUAACCCUUGUUUCCUAGAGGAAAGUUCUUUACUUGAGCAGAUUUUAUAGCCAAAAAAAAAAAAAAAAAAAAAA